AUGACAAUUUUGAUGACACAAUUUCCUUUAUCGUAGGAUUGCUAAAAUUAGCAUUGUUAUUAUUUUAAUAUUUUAGUUAAAUUGAAUUGGAAAUUCGAAAAUCUUAAAGUUCAAACCAAGUUUGAUUUUGAGGCAAUGAUUUCCUACCUUGAUUACAAAUCGCCUCUAACCUAAAUAUAUACAAAAUUGUUUCAGGAACAAAGAAUCUUGAAUAAUUGUCCUGAUGAUGAAUAGGAAAGCCCUAAAGAUUCCUGUAACUCCAUUAAUGAAGACCUUAUUAUUAAUAAACAGAGCAAAAAAGAAAUAUGA